GGGAUGCUGAAGGUGCUGAAAUAGCAGCGGCGACAAGAGGCUUGGCUCACUGUUAAAUAUCUGGCAUGCAGGUCUGACGGCCUCUGAGAUGACAAUAGAGAGAAUGGAGAACGUGGAGGUCUUCACUUCUGAGGGCAAAGGCAGGGGCCUGAAGGCCACCAAAGAGUUCUGGGCUGCAGACGUCAUCUUUGCGGAGCGGGCUUAUUCCGCAGUAGUUUUUGACAGCCUUGUUAAUUUUGUGUGCCACACCUGCUUCAAGAGGCAGGAGAAGCUCCAUCGCUGCGGCCAGUGCAAGUUUGCCCAUUACUGUGACCGCACCUGCCAGAAGGAUGCUUGGCUGAACCACAAGAAUGAGUGUUCGGCCAUCAAGAGAUACGGAAAGGUGCCCAAUGAGAACAUCAGGCUGGCAGCCCGCAUCAUGUGGCGGGUGGAGAGAGAGGGCACCGGGCUCACAGAGGGCUGCCUGGUCUCCGUGGAUGACUUGCAGAACCAUGUGGAGCACUUUGGGGAGGAGGAGCAGAAGGAGCUGCGGGUAGACGUGGACACGUUCUUGCAGUACUGGCCGCCCCAGAGCCAGCCGUUCAGCAUUCAGUACAUCUCGCACAUCUUCGGAGUGAUUAACUGCAACGGUUUCACUCUCAGUGAUCAGAGAGGCCUGCAGGCUGUGGGCGUGGGCAUCUUCCCCAACCUGGGCCUGGUGAACCAUGACUGCUGGCCCAACUGCACUGUCAUAUUUAACAAUGGCAAUCAUGAGGCAGUGAAAGCCAUGUUUCACACCCAGAUGAGAAUUGAGCUCCGGGCCCUGGGCAAGAUCUCAGAAGGAGAGGAGCUGACUGUGUCCUACAUUGACUUCCUCAAUGUCACUGAAGAGCGCAGGAAGCAGCUGAAGAAGCAGUACUACUUUGACUGCGCGUGUGAGCACUGUCAGAAGAAGCUGAAGGACGACCUCUUCCUGGCAGUGAAAGACAACCCCAAGCCCUCUCAGGAAGUGGUGAAGGAGAUGAUACAGUUCUCCAAGGAGACACUGGACAAAAUAGCCAAGGCUCGCUCUGAGGGUUUGUACCAUGAGGUUGUGAAGUUAUGCCGGGAGUGCCUGCAGAAGCAGGAGCCAGUGUUUGCCGACACCAACCUCUACAUGCUGCGGAUACUGAGCAUCGUUUCAGAGGUCCUCUCCUACCUUCAGGCCUUUGAAGAGGCCUCGGACUAUGCCAGGAGGAUGGUGGAUGGCUACAUGAAGCUCUACCACCCCAACAACGCCCAGCUGGGCAUGGCUGUGAUGCGGGCAGGGCUGACCAACUGGCAUGCUGGUAACAUUGAGGUGGGGCAUGGGAUGAUCUGCAAAGCCUAUGCCAUUCUCCUGGUGACUCACGGACCCUCCCACCCCAUCACUAAGGACUUAGAGGCCAUGAGGGUGCAGACAGAGAUGGAGCUGCGCAUGUUCCGCCAGAAUGAGUUCAUGUACCACAAGAUGCGUGAGGCCGCCCUGAACAACCAGCCCAUGCAGGUCAUGGCCGAGCCCAGCAAUGAACCAGCUCCGGCUCUGUUCCAUAAGAAGCAAUGAGGACCUGGUGGGGGAGGGGCAACGUGGCUGGGGAGCUGGGGAGAUAUUAUGGGGGUGGUGGGUCUCAGGGAGACCCUUCACUAGGAAG